CUUCUAUAAAUAUAAAAUUCUUCUGAAAAGAAAUUAGAGGCGAAGACAGAACGCACCCAAAAUAAUUCUAAAUAGCCCUCGACCGCUCGGUAUCGGGGAAAUUUUAUCCACCGCUGUUUCUCUCUCUACUUUCUCUCUCUAAAAGGUGUUUUACUCGUUGCUUUAUAGAAGCAAGUCAAGAAAAGCUCGGUCUACUAGCUCCUCAACAACUAAAGUUCAUGUCAGAUCUCGAAGUCAAUAUUCCAACCGCCUUUGAUCCAUUUGCUGAGGCGAAUGCUGAGGACUCCGGUGCUGGGUCAAAGGAGUAUGUGCACAUACGCGUACAACAAAGAAACGGAAGGAAGAGCCUGACAACAGUUCAAGGGCUGAAGAAAGAAUUUAGCUACUCCAAAAUCUUGAAGGACCUAAAAAAGGAGUUUUGCUGCAAUGGUACAGUCGUUCAAGAUCCAGAGCUGGGCCAAGUUAUUCAACUCCAAGGUGACCAGCGAAAAAAUGUCUCCACCUUCCUAGUUCAGGCUGGGAUUGUGAAGAAGGAACACAUCAAGAUACACGGUUUCUGAGCAGUACUGCUCAUGCUGCUUCGUUAUAGCAGAUCAUAUACAUUAUAGUCUACGAGAGAUUCGGUCUUUCAUUGGAUCUGCAUGUACUAAUGUUAUACGGAUCCACAUCGGAUCUGCAUGUACUAAUGUUAUACGGCUCCACCAACCAUUCAUUCACACUAGGGCUAGUGACUUAGUGGGGAGUUACGUGGUUUGAAUGGAAGUUGUGUUUGUUGAACAGUUGUGUGAUUUAUCCAUGUGUUAUAUACUGGAUUUAAUAUAUGCUGAUAAUAAUAGCUGUGAGCCUUGCAUCUUUAA